AUGACGUGCCUCAAGCACUAUGCCAUUGGUGAAGAUGGCUUUAGAUACGGCGAUGGCAUCCCUUUGGGCAUGCUCCGGCUUGAUGGUGUGGCUUCUAUCACGAGCGGAGCACUUAUGCUGACCAACAGCGAUCCCCAGAGGAGUGGACGGGCUUUCUCUAGGAGCUCGUUUGGCUAUAUUACCUCUUUCUCGACAACCUUUGUGUUCCUCGUCAUCCCUCCGGAUAGCAAGGAUGGGGUGAGUGCGCAUGGGCUUGCCUUUGCACUUUCAUCCACGGUGGAAUUUGUAUUCGAUGCCCACCCGGGUCCAUACUUGGGCCUGACCAACAUGAAGAGCAGUGGUACUGGCACAAAUCAACUCUUUGCUAUUGAGCUUGAUACCAUCAAGAAUCCCCAAUUUGCUGAUAUUGAUGACAACCACGUUGGGAUUGAUGUAAACAGCAUGGUGUCUAUCAGUUCCCACACAGCUGGUUACUACACAUCAAAUGGUAUGUUCUCUCCCUUGAAGCUUGCUAGUGGUCAACCAAUGCAAGUAUGGGUGGACUAUGAUGGCACCUCACACAACAUUAGUGUCAGUUUAGCACCUUACUUAGAGCAUAAGCCUCAACGUCCACUACUAUCAAGCACUGUCAAUCUUACAUCUGUGUUGGCAAACAACUCAUUCUAUGUUGGGUUUUCAUCUUCAACCGGCCUCCUUAAGUCUAGGCACUACAUUAUUGGUUGGAGUUUCAAUACAACUCGGAAGGCUCAACCACUGAACUACACAUCUUUGUCUCAAGUUAUAGAGGAUGUUAGGCCAAAACCACAUACUCGCUCGCAUAUCCCCAGGGCCAUUCUUGUACCGGUUGUCACAAUAUCCACGGUGAUUGUGCUUGUUAUUUGUGGUGUUCUUUAUGCUCUUAGAAAGAAGGCAAGGAAUAAUUUUGAGUGGGAAAUCGAGGAUUGGGAGAAAGUUGUAAUACAUCGAGACAUCAAGACAAGCAACGUGCUACUCGACGGCGACAUGAAUGCAAGACUCGGUGAUUUCGGCCUUGCAAGGUUGCACAACCACGAAAACGGAACAGGUGCCCACGUCACAAACAUUGCCGGCACACGAGGGUACAUUGCUCCUGAGCUGGCCAUGCUUGGGAGGGCAACCAAGGCGACUGAUGUGUUUGCGUUUGGUGUGUUCAUGUUGGAGGUUGCUUGCGGGAAGCAUCCGAUAGGAGUGAGCUAUUCUGGUGAGCAGCUGUUACUAAAAGACUGUGUGCGCCAUGCAUGGGAACGCGAUGCAAUCCUUACAACGGUAGACCCAAGACUGGAAGAUUAUAUAACGGAGGAGGUGGAGUUGGUACUAAAGCUUGGCCUUCUAUGCACACACUCAGUAUCCAAUGCUAGGCCAAGCAUGCGCCUAAUUAUGCAAUACCUUGGAAAGGAUGCGCUGCUCCCAAAUUUCCAACCGAGUUUUCCAAGAAGAGAUGAAGGCUUUGAUCAAUAUAUCAGUUCAUCCAACUCUGUGGCCACGACCAUGACUUAUCUUUCAGGAGGAAGAUGA